AGCAGCUUCAUGGCGAACCAAUAUACUACACAACAAGAUGUAUUCUACAUGUUUCAACGUCACUUCUUGCUCCAGGAUUUUAUAAUAUCUCAGUUACGAUGUAUCCCAUUGUCACCAAUGAUGAGACCAGCAUUCAAUAUGGCACAACUUAUAGUCACACACUUAUUUUAGGUAAUUUACUAUCAUUUGUAAUAUAUAUUUUUUUUUAAAAUGGCAUUUCUUUUUUUAAGAAAAAAAAUUAGUUUGCAGUGUGUAGUGUUUCACCACUCUGUUAUUGUAAAAAUGUAUGUACUCAGAGAAUACCUGACAUAUAUAAAAAACAUUGAAACGUAAAUAUAGCAAGUUUUAAAAUGACCCCUGUCCUUGCAUGUCCACUGACUCAAGACCCCAGCAUGAAUCAAUUUCUCAACAAAACUCUUUUGAAAUAAAUGAUCUCAAACGCUAAUUCCUAAAAGUUACAUCGUCGCGAAAUCUUUAUUUUUUUCCAGCUGUGCCGGCAGGAUGUCUAUUGGUUUGGUAUCCGGACUGAACUGUCACGGAAAACCAAAUAACAAAUCUGGCCGAUGAAAGGCGUUCUGAAUUUUACAUGUACUUUAAAAUAUGGGCAUUAAUAAUUUAGUUUAUCGAUGAGUAGUUGUUUUUUUUUGUUGUUUUUUUAAAUUCAAUUUUCCCCAUAAACGUUGAAAAAAAAAGUAUUUUUAAUUCUACUGAUAGGAACCACUGUCUUUUAGUCGAUCUAUCAGGGGAAAUAUCCAGGGAAAUGUUGAUGAUGCCCUAUGUUUGGUUACAGAUAAAACUCCAAGAAAGAUAGAUUUAUGUGUUUGACCUUUGUUCCAUGAAACUUGUUUAAAGCUAACAGAUACGUUUCUUAUCUGUAUCAUAUUUUUUUAAUUUCUUUUUUUUAGUUUGCCCUGACAGGGCAAUUAGAAAAGCAUAACUACUGUAAGCAGUUUUAACUUCCUCUAUUUUCAUGGAGGUAGACACGCCACCAUAUCCAAGCACGUCGAUGAUGUUUUAAGCUGCUAAUUAACCGUCAAAUAAGAUGCGCAAGAAAAGUGUAGUAAAACUAUGGGCGCCUUUUUUAUCGUUACACAAUCGAAGAUCACAGACCAUACCGCUAUAGCAACGACUCGUGUUUAGAAAUGGAAGAGAUGCAGACCUUAUGCUUCGCUUAGCGUCUCCGCUACCCCUUUAUGUACUUGUUAAAUCAUGAUUAAAUCAUUGUUACGUCAGCGUGUGUUGCGAGAAUACUUCCCAUGAAAUUAAGAGUUGUUAAUGAACAGUGGGUGUUUGUAUAUUUACAAAUAAAGAAAAUACUCUCAUGUUAUGUUUGGAUAUUCCUAAAAUAUUGUUCUUAACUUAAGACUGAUAAAAGUUCAUUUAGAGGUAAAUAAACUGCAAAACAAAUGUUUAAAACAAACAACAAAAAAUCUUCUGCCUUAGUAUCACAAUUAUUCUGUUUUUUAAAUAAAUUCAUAAUAACUUAUGCUUUUUUGUUACAUUAUUUAUGUUCUUCAUUCUUGUUAUGCGAUAUGAGUAUGUCUCAUCAAUUCAAAUUAUUGUACAACAAGGAACACUGUCUUGGUCAUUGUUAUUAUAGAAAUUAUGUUUUUUGGCUGACACUGUAAAUGAUAACGUUUCUGAAAUAUAGCAUCAACUUUGUUCAAGACCCUAGGUUAGAUAUUUUUUUUGUAGGAUUCACUGUAUAUUUUUGGGCCGUUUUCUAUAAAUGUAACGUUACUAAUAUAUAUUCAGAUAGUUCAGUCCAUUUUAAAUAUGUAUAUAUAUGUAUAUUUGCUUUUCUAAGAAAAUCCCAGCGGGGUCCAAAAUGACUGCCCUCGCCAAGUUGAAGAAGGAUCGCAGGUAAACUGUACGUGUAAGACAACGAGACAGGAAACAAGGGGAGUGUCAGUUAGCUGGUUUGAUACAAAUGGUCAGAUGGUGAAUCCUGAUCAACCACACGUUCUUAUUUUUCGAGCGAAACGAAAUUCUCAAGGU